AUGUACUACAACUGGACUCUCCCGGAAGAUCUCGACGUUACGGACUCCAGUCAUGUCAUCUCUUACUUCAACCGCUCAAUCGACGCGGCCAACCAGAACUUAUUUAGUAGUUCCGUUUUCUCCAUCCGAGGAUACCAAUCUAGUCUCACAACGACAAGCGCUCAGUCCGCAGCCACGUCUACGCCAAUGCCGACCACGACGUCUGCUACACCAGUCACUACUUCUUCCAAGAGUCCGUCCUUUUCGACUGCCGCUAAGAUAGGAGUUAGUAUCGGCGUUUGCUUAACCCUCUUACUCUUAUCCGCGGGAGCUUAUAUUUUCCUGCGACGCAGACGUCGUGGGUGCGGCACAUCGGGCACCUGCGUUGAGGGGAAGAGAGGGUUCGAAAAACCAGAGCUGGAUUCUGCAGAUACUCAACAUCGCGUCGAACUACAUGCAGAAGCCCGCGGCCAUUGUUCACCCGAAAUCGCACGUGGCACCGAAUGGCGUUUGGAAAAAGAGCCUGCAGAGCUUCCAACUUGA